AUAUAGUUUAUAAGCACUAAGCAGUUCAUUCAAGUAAUCUCAAAAAAUCAAUAACAGAGCUUUACUAGAAGUUAAUUUAUUACAUAUUAAUGGCAUAUCAACCUAUAGGUUUGAGAGUAAGUCUAAUAUAUUAAUCUUUAUAUAUAAAGUAGACUUCUUCCCUUCUUCCGACAAAUGGCAGGGAGGUUUGCUGCCACGUGUCCUCUUCCAUUUCCUUUGAAAAUUCACUAUUUUGUUAAUCAAAAAAUUAUCCAUGUAACUUAAAUAAAAAAUCAUAUAUUUAUGAUAAAUUAAUAAAUAAAAAAAGACAAAAAGACAGACAUUUCUAUUAGUUUGAAUAUGAUUUAAUUUGAUAGGUAGUGUUGAACUGAGAAUUUUUGUUAUUUAAUCAUUCUCGCACUAACCAUCAUCAUAUGAAGUUUGAUAAUCUAUUUUUAUCACUAAAAUUAAAGAUAAAUAAAGUAAUACAAAUAUAUUUUAAUAUUUAAUUUAUUGACAACUAAAAUAACAUAAAAUUUUACUAUUUUCUAUUAUUUUAGUUACAAAUUAUAUAUUUAUUUUGCAAUUAAAAAUCAUAAAUUAACCAAACUAAUAAGAAAAAACUAAAGCAAAACACAUUAUUUAAACAUAAAAUCUCUUGAAUCACAGAGAAAAAUAAAAUGUCAUAAUAACACUAACACAAUAAAGGUCCGGAGUUGAAAAGAGAUCAAGAACAAAGACUAACUUACUUCACCUUACUAUAUAGUGUUUUGGCCAGAACAGAUAGAGGUUAGAAAAUGAUAGGAAGAUAAAAAUCUGAGAUAAAGUAAUCCCCGAACACAAAAGAGCACGAUCAAGCACCAACGCAAAGAAUAAAAAAAGUGGGUUGGAGAAAGAAUAAUCACCAGAAGGCCAAAACCACCACGAAGCAUGAAUACAUAUGCCUAAAGUACCGAAAGCACAACUACCAACUAAGAGGUGAGAAACACCUCACAAACUAAAAAAGUACAUACAAGACAUCCAUGCCAGCGAAGAGCCACAACGUUCUUGAUAAAAGGGACCAAAGCUCCAAAACUAAUUCUGCACGCCUAUACCAAGGGAAACAGAAGAAGAAGAAAAACAACCUGAAGGAGGGAGAACGGAAGCCAAUCACCGAGAAACUAGAGUCCAAGCUUGAGACCAGAAAUAACCUUCCAAGCUCACAAAGCAUACACGAAAAAUAAAGCACUAUCCAAACUUAGAGUGGCAAACAUGGCGAAACUGAGAGACACCAGAGAUGCGAGCAGCGAUGAAAGUUGCAACGAGAUGAGAGAGCAUAUAGGAAAAGAAAGACAAAACGAAAUCGGCAAACUGUGAAGCCGUCUUUGAGUUAUGAAAGAGAGCAUAGAAGUCUGAUCACCAAAAACCAAAUCUUGAAACCUAAGACGAGCAUAGACUACCGACGGAAAGCCAACGACAAGGAAGACAAUAUCAAAGAUGAAUAAACUCUGACUCAAUUCAUGGAUAUGCAGUCUCUAACAUCAGCUUAAAUCUAAGAAAAAAAAAGAAAACCCAAUAUUAACCGGAACAGCCUACAAAACCGUGAGAAACAACCGCACAAGUGGGAACUCAUAAACAAGAUCUACAACAAAUAUUAGAUAAUCACACAGAGAAAGAAUGCGAGGAAGAACAAGCACGGAGAUGAGUCUUUUUCGGUGAUGGUGAGAAGCACUGUACGCUGGAAAGGUAAACGAAAUACAUAGAUGGUGACAACUAAAUGUCAAAAUAUAGAGAGAGGAAAAAACAUCUUAAAGGAAUAAUGUUCAAAAAUAUGAAAAAAAUACAAUAUGCUUUAUAUCAUAGACUCAUUGCACCACUAACAAGUACACACAACAAUACAUUAGUGAGAAAACAAACAUAAAAUAUAUUAACCUACCACCUACUACUAUAUAAUACAAAUAAAAAACCAAAUGUUCUUAACAGGCGUAAUUAUAUCAUCAAUAAAGUCAUGAUUAACAACAGUAAAAUAAUAUUUCGCGCGAAGCGCGGAUACCCCUCUAGUUAAUUAUAAAAGCUACUUAAAGGAUGGGUACAAAGGGAAAAAGUGCCUAUUUCAGACUGAACUUCUUGUAUCGCGCGUAUUCCAUCACAAACUUGGAUACAAUACUGAUUUCAUUAUGAACUCGUUAUAAAUUUAAAAUCACUAUACCAACUUUUAAAAUCGUGUAUAAAUUAAUGUUGACUAUAACGGUGGUUAGUCUACCGUUUAAGCUGGUGACUGGAUUGCUGACAUGUCAAUUCUAAUUAAAACGACGUCGUUUGCAAAAUAUUGUAAAAUUAAAAAUUUGUGUUUCAGGUGACUCGAACCUGCACCAAUAAAGCCAACAUAAUACUCUCAACCACUGUACCACAUGAUCUUACUUGUACGCCAUCAUAAACAUUCUUAUAUAUACCAAGCAAGGUUCGAACUCGGGCAAAGCUACUAAACUUAUGAACACUUAAACCACUUGACUAACACAACUUUUGGAAAAUAUGGAAACAUAAUUAAAUAUUAACAUUAUUAUCGUCUCCUCCUCCAAAAUUGUGUUCGAACAUAAGUGGGGCUUAGGGUUUUCAGAACGAAUCGAAGUUAAAUCUCAGAGAAACAACUUUACUUUACAAGCUGAAGUCUUUGAGAAGGAAGAAUGAGGUAAUUGAGUUUAUUUAGGGUUUAGUUUAAUCCGAUUAAAAACUAAAAGCUUUGCGUUUUUUAUUCAGUUGAUUGAAAAGAUUUUUGGUUUUAAUAAAUUUUUGAAUGUGGAUUGCAGCUACUUAGGUGACGUAGCAUUCAGUGUGUACCAUGGUGGGUAUUGGGUGAAGCUGUAUAAUGGAGAAUUCACAUAUUUUGGUGGGGAGAUGAAAAGUAUCGAAAGCAAACCCGAAGAAAUAUUUAUUAGGUUGUCAAAUGAGUUUAGUGAUGGGUUGUCUGGACAGAAUUUGUGGUAUAAGAUGCCUUUUGAAGACUUGAAGGAACGGAAGAGUUUUUGCAUUGGGGAUGAGAGUUUUGAGAAAAUGUGUGAAGCAGCUAGAUGGGUUAAGUUUGUUGAUUUGUUUUUAGUUAACCCAAGUGAGCAUCCAGAUGAUAUUGAUGGUCCGGAGCCGUGUGAAGCAGAGGUUAGAGUUGAAAGGAGUGCACUGAAUUUUGUUGAUGAAGAUGAAAAUUUUGACUAUCACAACACACCUCCUAACUCUGAUGGUGAAGAAGAGGACAAUGUUUACAGAUGGAAACGAGGCAGUGGGCAGCUGAAGCUUAGACAAGUUUUUGACACUUUAGAAGACUUUAAAGAGGCGUUAGUGGAAUAUGUGCUAAAGGAAGGAAGGAAUAUUGAGUUCUGUCGUUGGGGGAAAGAUAAAUCUGCAGCAAAGUGUGGGAUAGAGAAAGAAAACUGUCCAUGGUUUAUACACUGCUCUUAUGAAGAACAUGUUGGAAAGUGGAUGGUGAAGGUUUUUGAAGAUAAACACAGUUGUGUGAAGGAUGGAUAUUGUAAGAUGUUGAAAUCUCCUGUGAUUACAAAGCUGUUUCUGAAUGACUGGAGGACUGAUCCUGAGAUUAAACCGAAGGCUAUUCAGAAUGAAAUUCUAAAAAAUUUCAAUUUGAUCGUAUCUCCAAACAAGAUUAAAAAGGCUAAGGCAAAAGCCUUGGAGAUCAUUGCAAAAGACCACGAGGAACAAUUUUCUAGGCUUAAAGAUUACCGCUUAGAACUCUUAAGGUCAAAUCAUGAAUCAACUGUCCUGCUAGAUACGUUUGAGAAUGAUGAUGGGACAGAAACAUUCCACAGAUUCUAUGUCUGCUUUGAAGUGAUCAAAAGACUAUGGAAAACUUGGUGUCGUCCUAUUUUUGGUCUAGAUGGAUGUUUUCUAAAGUCUACACUCAAAGGACAAUUAUUAGCUGUUGUUGGAAGGGAUGCUAAUAAUGGAAUGUAUCCAAUAGCGUGGGCGGUUGUUGAUGUAGAAAAUGAACCCAAUUGGUGCUGGUUCAUACAAAAUCUGAAGGCGGACUUGAAUCUUCAAAAUGGUCGUGGUUUUACUUUGAUCUCUGAUAGGCAAAAGGGUUUGCUGAAUGCAGUUGAGAGGGAGCUACCUAUGGUAGAACACCGGAUGUGUGCUCGCCACAUCUACGCAAACUUGAAAAAGGCUUUUCCUCGCCAAAGUGAGAUGAAGACUCUGUUUUGGCGAGUAGCUGAAAGUUAUACCAUACCUGAGUACCAGAAAAACUUGGAAGCUGUUCGGAAAUAUGAUAUGCGUAUCUUUGAAGCUAUAAUGGAGAAGAAUCCAAAGAAUUGUAGCUUGGCUUUUUGUGGACCAACUGCUUCCUGCAUAGAUGUUCACAACAACAUUUCAGAGUCAUUCAACAAUGCCAUCGAUCCUGCUAGGUAUACACCAAUGGUUGAGAUGUUAGAGGUAAUAAGAAGAAGUGCCAUGGUGAGGAUUGACUUGAGAAAGCUGAAAGCACGACAACAUAAAAGUAGAUUCACUACUCGGGCUACACAGUUCAUAGAGUUAGAGCAAGAAAAGAUUAAGUUCUGCAAGAUGUAUCCAGGAUCAGAUGGAAGAUGUGAAGUAAGAGAGUGUAAUACAAGCUUCAGUUUGAACAUGAGGAUGAGGACUUGUUCUUGUCGGAGAUGGGAAAUGAGUGGACUUCCAUGUCGUCAUGCAUUACGCGUGUUUGCAGAUAAGAAGCUCAACUACGAAGACUACACCUCUAGCUGGUACUCUAACUCACAGCAGCAACAAAUAUAUAGUGACUCGAUACGUCCAGUUACCGGUAUGCAGUUUUGGCAGAAACUUGGUUGUGUUGUUAAGCCACCUGUUGGUCUUAUUGAAGAGGUAGAAAAUAGGAAAGGGAGGAAACCGAAGCCAAAGAGAAAGAAAGGACAGAAUGAGUCUCCUAAAAAGAAGGUUAGCAGAGAGAAAAGGAUAAUGCAUUGUGGGCGUUGUGGUAUUGCUGGACACAAUGCGAAGAAUUGUAAGAAUUUUGGGGUGCCAAAGUUCUUGAAACCAAGAAAGAGGAUGAGUUCAAACACUGGAGAAGAUGGUUAUGAUUCCACAAACACAAACGGAGGAGAUACGUCGGAUUUUGGAGAUGGACCAAGUCAAUCGACACAAUACUAAGUUGUUAUAAGAUGGGUCAGCUGUAGAUGACAAGCAUGUAUGUUUUAGUCAGUGGUGAUGGAUAUCUAAGAAUGAAAGAUGGUUUGGAGUUUUUAAAGAAGCAUGAAGAGGAAGAAUUUUUUGUUUUGUUUUUGGGAUAUGUAGUGCUUUUGGAACUUGUUUGAUGUUUAACGUUUUGGAGCUUGUUUGAUGUUUAACGCUUGAUGUUUUUAAUUAAUGGAAUUUUAUUUUUCUACCUGAAA